GAAAACAAGUAUUCAGUGAGUAAGAGACAUUCAACAAGGAAACAUGGUCUUCAAGCAGCUUCAUAUUCUCGUCUUUCUGCUGGUGGGCGUAUUCUUCGCCUCUGCACAGCACGUCAAGGGAGGUCGUUAUCAGCAGACUUCAAACGAGACAGGAUACUGCUACAAAAGGAUUCCGUAUCACCAGGCACUAUCUCAAUACAACGACACUGAAAGCUAUAAACCAGCCGGAUAUGGGCAGCCUGCCAGGCCCCACUGGAAUGAUACAUUCAGCAAUGAUUACGUGACAGUGCUGGAUUGCUGCGAGGGCUAUCGGAAAAAUCCAGCCACCGGUCGCUGUGAAUCGAGCUCCACCAGCUGCGUGGGCGGAUGUUUUGGUGGUUCUUGUGUCAACGGCGUUUGUACCUGUAACGCCGGAUGGUUUCCCUCCGAGGGGGUCUGCAAACCUUUCUGCAGAAAUCCUUGCCCGGCAAAUGCUUACUGCUUCGCCCCCGAGUAUUGCGAGUGCAAACUUGGAUGGGAGAAAUCGCCCAAUGGCGAGUGCAAACCUAUUUGUCCUGGUGGGUGUGUCAAUGGUGACUGCGUUGCACCGAAGGUCUGCCAGUGCAGGCCUGGCUAUAUUUUGAAUGAACAGCUGCAGAGGUGUGACGCCGUUUGCGAAGGAGGAUGUCCGCAUGGAGAGUGCACAGCUCCCGGAGUUUGUUCUUGUCAUCCGGGAUGGUUCAAUCCGCCUGGGGACCGUGAGACCUGCAAAGCGGACUGUCGCCCGCUGGGUUGUCACAAUGGCGAAUGUGUCUCGCCAGGAGUGUGCGUAUGCAACAUAGGUUACAUCAAGAAUCUAGCCAACAUCUGUUCACCCGACAUGUCCCAGUGCCCGAGAGGAUGUCCAGCGAACGCAGGUUGCGUCGCCCCCAACCUUUGCGUCUGCAAUCCCGGUUUGACGAUGGAUCGCGAGAACAACAGAUGCGUCCCGGGGAUAAGUUAUCCGACUGGUCAUCAACCUGGCUCAGGCGAUUACAAUCAGCCUGGGGUGUACCAACCUCGUCCAGGAAAUUACAACCAGUCUGGAAGCUAUCAACCGCGUCCAGGGGAUUACAGCCAACCUGGGGGUUAUCAGCCACAUCCAGGGGAUUAUAAUCAACCUGGAGGUUAUCAGCCACGUCCAGGAGAUUAUAACCAGCCGGGAGGCUAUCAACCUGGAAGUAAUCGCCCUGGAGGUUAUCAACCUCGUCCGGGAGACUACAACCAACCUGGAGGAAACUUUGGAGAAGCCAACUGCGAGCGUCCCUGCGUCAACGGGGUCUGCAUGGGCUACAACAUCUGCAGCUGCAACAAUGGCUACGAGCAGGAUCCCCUUGACCCGUCUAGGACACACUGCUUACCAUCCUGCCCUGGCGGCUGUCCCAAUGGCUCGUGCUCAGCGCCAAACCGCUGCAUCUGUAAUCCCGGAUUUGUCAAAGAUAGGAGUGUCAAGGGGAGCCAGAGGUGCAUCCCCAAACAGGAUUAUUAAUGCAAAACUCAAUCAACCGUUGAUUGUUGAAAAAGUAUGAUGAUUGUUCUGGGGAAAGUCUGCCCUGUUGAAUAAAUAAAGUGGAUUUGAUGGUGA